AUGCAUCCACAACUCUUGCCUUUCAACAUGGCUUAUGGACCUCUGGAAGAAGAAGAUGCACCAUUUCAAGGAGAAGCCGAGGAACCGUCUGGCAGAAACAAAGUGAUGCUUUUUGGUGUCGACCUCGCAAGCAGCGCCCUUGAGCAGUCUGCAGAAACCACAGGCCAUGACCUCAAUACUCAAACCGCAAGCACAAACCCCCAUAUCAAGGAUUCAUUGUGUCUCCAUGAGCACAAUGAGCAAGCGGAAUUCUGCCUUCAGCAGCACAUCGAUUUGGGCGCUGAGAAUGAACUCGAAAGAUCGGUGCAAUCAACGGUCACAUCUUGCAGACAGGAUCUGGACGACAGCCGGCUAGAAAUCCUAGUUCCAGAUGGGAGAGGCUCGGUCAAACCGCUCGAAACAGUGAUGACGUGCGAUCUAGCACCCCAAAAAUGCGAGAAAAAUGGAAGGAAGUUCUCUGGCAAACGGAAACUGAAGCAGACUCUGAUCUUCAGAGAAACGUUUCCUCGAAGGGGAUUCCAAAAAGACAGGAAAACUCAAACUUCAGCUUCCUCGAAGAAGCAAAGGCUUCCAGAAACAGAGUACAAUCCAAAGGGCUCACAAGCAUCGCCAGAUCCUCCCCGGCUCACUGAGACCAUAAACAGCAGCAGAGUAACGGUCGUCAAUUUGAGCGCAGUUUCUCAAAGGGACCGCUGGUGGCUGCGGGUGAAGCAAGUCUUGGAUUCACCCGGCACAACGAUUGUGUUUGGACUACGUCUCCGUGAAAAUACAGGAACGGCGGAUUAUUCAAGCUUGCGGAAGCUGAAUCCUUCUCAGCGGAAGAUUGUGCUCAAGCAGAGACGUGCGGUAUCCAAGAUCACCGAAACAGAGAAUGAACGAACUACGAAUUUGGAAGAUUCAAUGGACAAGCUUGUUGGCGUUGGUUUCAUCCUUUCUUUCCCUUCGGAAGUGGACUUCGAGCCUGAACAGCUGCAACUCUGCGACCAGCUGUUCUACGUAGAUUUCGACGAAGAGAGCUCUUCAACUGGUGAUCUGAUGGUUCGUCUCGAAGAGAGGUUAAUCCACUCCGAACUGGAUUCAUAUGAGCUCAGCGACUUAACCUCGAAGAGCUUCCCAGUAUUCCCUCUCCCUGAAGCUCCAGGCAACCCUCCUCCUGAAGCACAUGACAUUGCCGAGCAGCGCAACACUUCAGAAAGCCUUAAGCAGGACUUGGAAGCGAGCAAGACGUUGUUCGAAACGCUGCAAGUUCGAAUGCAGGGACUCGAGGACGCCUUCAGGCGCGAAUUGAAACUGACCGUGAUCCUUGCGCAUCUCGAGCUGGAUGGUGUUGGUUUAGAUGUUCCCUACUUGCAAUCGAAGAGGGCGCUUCUUGAGGACCUCAAGUUACACGAGAAACUGCAGCACGGUGGAGACGGAAAGAUCAGAGGAAAGAGGAAAAGCAAAUCUGAGAAACACGCUACUACAAGCGAGGCGGUCCUGACGAACCUUGUUCCAUUCCACGAACUCCCGGGCAUCAUUCUGGAGACCGUGUCCACGGUCACUGCUCAAGCCCACUCAUCCUUCCAGGACGAUUCCACAAGAAUCCACUCAAAAUGGAACAGCACUGGGACAGCCACGGGACGAAUCUCAUCAAGUGAACCGAACCUGCAGAACAUUCCACGGUACACUUUAGAAGGAGUGAAGACCGGAGAAGACGAUGCCUCCAGAUUCGGGAUCAAGAUACGGGAAGCUUUUGUAGCACAGGAAGGGUCUGUGCUGGUCUCAGCCGACUACUCCCAAAUGGAGCUACGUUUAGCAGCCCACCUAUCCGACGACCGGCACAUCAUUUCCAUCCUUCGAUCAGUUGGAGAAGAGGGAGAUGUUUUCAGGAUGAUUGCAAGCCACUGGAUGGGUAAACAGGUCAAGGAUGUCACCGAAGAGGAAAGGCAGACCGUGAAACGCAUAUCAUACGGGAUCCUUUACGGACAGGGCCGAGUUGCGCUCUCGGCGUCGCUCAAGGUAUCCCCUCACGAAGCGGAACGUCUCAUGGACAACUUUCUCAAACAUUUCCCGACAAUAAGGGCCUUCAUCAACCAGGUGAAAGCCAGAGUCCGACUGGACGGAUUCGUGACGAUGAUCUCCGGUCGGAAGAGAAUGCUACCAGAUAUACGGUCUAGUUACAGUGAGAAGCGGGCGCAAGCGGAGCGCCAGGCGGUCAACUCAUUGAUUCAAGGAAGCGCGUCGGACAUUGUGAAGGCGGCCAUGAUUGCAAUCGACGACGUUCUGAGACGAGGAGUACAUCCAAACGUGAAGCUGGUCAUGCAGAUGCACGACGAGCUGCUGUUUGAGGUGCCUGAGGGCCACGUGGACUUGUUUUCGACCGACUUGCGAAAGCUCAUGGAAAGGGUACAAGUCCUGAAGGUGCCUUUACUUGUGAACAUCCGGACUGGGAAAAGAUGGGGGAGCAUGUCCCUUCAACCUCAUCCAAACAGUGGCGACCGUUAA